UUUGGCAUACAAUGGUUUUAAUUCAACCUGGGAACUGGGAAGUGCAUCGUGAAUUACAUUCGGACGAAAGAGGAAGAAGAUGUCGGGUAUGGGGGACGGGUACGUGGGCACGUCUCAAGACGGAGUGAGGAUACGGCGGCUGCAGAAGCAAAGAGAGGCUGAGCGGCGUAAGAUCCAGGAGCUGAAGAGCAAGACUGCUUCGGGCCAGGAGCAAUCAGGUCUUCUCCAAUUCGGCUCCAGCUCCUGCGAGAUUCUUGACACUGCUUUCAAGAAGGAGACAGUCGGUUUAGUCACCAGAGAGGAAUAUGUUGAGAAGAGGGUUAAUAUUCGUAAUAAGUUCGAGGAAGAAGAGAAGGAGAAAUUGCUCAAGCUACUCCAAGAGGAAGAGGAGCUUCAACAGCAGAAGCGUAGUAAGAAGAGAAAGUUGAAGGGAAGCUCUCGCUUAUCUUUUGCUGAAGAUCUUGAAGAUGGCAGUGAUGAUGAUGAUGAUGCAGAAAACAAGAGUUCUGGAAACUUACGCUACGGAAAACUUGGCAAGGACCCCUCAGUGGAAACCAAUUUUCUGCCUGACAGUGAGCGAGAGGCGGAGGAACAAGCUGAACGUGAAAGGCUAAAGAAGCAGUGGACUCGUGAACAAGAGCAGAUUAAAAACGAGCCUCUUCAAAUUACUUAUAGUUACUGGGAUGGGACCGGGCAUAGACGAGUUAUCCAGGUCCGAAAGGGUGACCCAAUUGGGAAUUUUCUAAGGGCUGUUCAGCAGCAGCUUGCCCCUGACUUCAGGGAGAUUAGGACGGCAUCAGUUGAGAAUUUGCUAUAUGUAAAGGAAGAUCUUAUAAUCCCACAUCAACACAGUUUCUACGAGCUGAUCAUUAACAAAGCUAGGGGGAAGAGUGGCCCGCUGUUUCACUUUGAUGUGCAUGAAGACGUGAGAACAAUUGCUGAUGCAACGAUCGAGAAAGACGAGUCGCAUGCGGGGAAAGUGGUGGAGAGGCAUUGGUACGAGAAGAACAAGCAUAUCUUCCCUGCUUCCAGAUGGGAGAUAUACGACCCGACAAAGAAGUGGGAACGGUACACAGUUCAUGGGGAUUAAUUGAUUUGUGGAGCAGAACAUGUUUUAUCGAUGGGAUCAUCACUUGGUUUACAUGGAAUCUUUUUGACAUGAUCUAUCAGAUUUGGUGUACUAGUAGUGGAAUGUUGAUGGAAUUUGUUUAAUGAAUUUUUAUUCUUCUUUAUUGUCAACCAAUUCCUCUAUGAUACAUACCCCAAUUCCACUUUCUCAUAAUUUCUAUUUUCUUUAAUAGUA